AUGCACCUCCCCUUCCCGUCCAAAACAAUCGGCGACGGCUUCAAGAACUACUCAUCCAUGAGAGAUCCUACUGUCAUCGAUACUGUUGAGGAGACGUUGCGCAAAGAGGAGGCCCAAGGCUUCAUCAGGAAACUGAACGAGGGGGAGAUCCUCGAUCGCAACCGGAGCUUCGUCCCUCGAGGAGCCAUCCCAAAGAAAGAUGGUGGGGCGAGAGUGAUCGACGACUACCUCCGGGCACAAAGACCUUCUCAAAAGCCAGGAGCGGAACGCUGCAAGAUGAGAGACGAAGAACACAAGACGGUCGUCGGCUUGUUGGUUAUGGCUAUCCCUAAGCCCAGUGUCCCAGCUGAUGUCAAAAAAGCGAUCGCAAAAAAAAGGCCGAGUGGAUGCAAGAAGCCGGGUGGGGCCAUCGGCAUCAUCUAUGAGUUGUUGGUCGCCAACCUAUGGAAAGAUGAAGGAAUCGAAGGGAGACUUCUAUCAGGGAUGUUCCAAGACCUCCCUAGAGUUAAGCCGAACUGGGAUGUCGUCUACACCCAGCUGAAGCCUGUGGAUCAUGCUCAAAUCGCCCUGUAUGAAAAACUCAAGUUUAUGCAAAUAUUGGACGAGGGUGGAGGAGCCCUCUUAGUUUAUGCCCGCUACAACGCUUGA